UCUCUGCUACAAGCAAGGACAAAUCCUUGAUAAAUGUGUAUGUUUGUGUGUGUACAUGUGAGAGUGUGCGUGUGUGUGUGAGGAGGGAAGAGAGAGAGAGAGAGGCCUCGAUUGGUAAUGUUGCUGGCAGCGUUUAGCCGAUUUAGACUUUUAGAGUAAGAACAGGGAGGUGGAGGAGUAGAGAAGGGAGGUCAGGUCAGGCGCACAGAGACUGAUAGCUAGAAAGAAACAUGUUCGAUGGAGUGCCAGAGCAGCUCCACCAAUUCAUAGCCCCAAGAAACUCACUCCCUCUUCACCUCCCCUUCCCUCCUUUCGAUGCUUAUAACCCUUCUUCGCAGCAUCACUUGCCCCUCUCACCACCAAAUCUUCUGUCCCCAUUGCACCGCAAAGGUGAACAACACGAUGAGCAGCAACAAAGCAGCAUGAACUCAAACAUUCAUGAAGGAGAACCACAAUUGGGCGAUCAAGACCUGGUUCUUUCCACCUGGCCUGACGACGAAGUGCUUGCUCUCUUGAGGAUCAGAUCUGGCCUCGACGCUUGCUUCCCUGAACUCACCUGGGAACAUGUUUCAAGGAAGCUUGCAGAACUUGGAUUUAAAAGGAGUGCGGAGAAGUGCAAGGAGAAGUUCGAAGAGGAGGAAGCUAGUUGCUUCAACAACAUCCAUUACACCAAGAACAACGGUUGCCGCUUUAUCAGUGAGCUCGAGCCGCUUUAUCAAAUCCCUGCGGUCGACGUUGAGCUUGGGUCUCAAGAGAGUAAGCAGCCGCCGCCGCAAAAGCCGACUGAGGAACAACACAGGAGGAUUGAUCACGCAUUAGAAGAUGCCUCAGGAAAUGACGCCUCAUUGACUCAACAAUGCGAGGAAACUGUGAAAAUGAUGGGAACAUCAAAGCGCAGGAAGAGAAAGAGGCACGAUAAGUUUGAGAAUUUGAAGGGUUUUUGUGAGAACAUGGUGAACGAAAUGAUGGCCAAGCAGGAACAGAUGCACAAUAAGCUGCUGGAGGACAUGUUUGAAAGAGACCGAGAGAUACUCGCUCGAGAUGAAGCUUGGAAGAAACGGGAGGUAGAUAGGAUGAACUGGGAGCUCGACAUAAUGGCGAAAGAGCAGGCUGUUGCGGGCCAAAGGCAAGCCGCCAUUAUUGAUUUGCUGAAGAAAAUUUCAGACCAGAGCCAUCGUGCCAAAACGGUGGACGAUCCCAAUCCAAAUUCUCUGGCGGCUACUUCCCUGUCGAGCUCGCAGAACCCUAGCCCAUGUUGUAAUUAUACUGGGGAGAACAGUCCCGAGCCGCCGCCACCCGUGGUUCUUAAUUAUACAUGCGAAGGGGCAUCAGAUCAAAACCCUGAUAGUGCAGCCAAAGUUCCUAAUCCCUCUUCAAAUGACUCUGCUCCAGCACUCACCCGGAACCCUAACACCGUCCUUGCCCAGACAAAUGAAUUGCCCGAAAAAACAGCUUCGACGCAUAGAGGCGGGUGGGAUAAUUGUGGGUGGAGGGAGAAAGAAGAGGUGGGAAGAAGAUGGCCGAGAGAGGAAGUGAUGGCACUGAUAAACCUGAGAAGCAGCGCGAACGAAGAGAGGGAGGGAGGGAGCAGCAGGACGCCUCUGUGGGAGAGGAUAUCGGAAGGGAUGAGGGAAAUGGGGUACAGGAGAAGCGCCAAGAGAUGCAAAGAGAAGUGGGAGAACAUAAACAAAUACUUCAGGAAGACGAAGCAUCUGAGUAAGAAAAGGUCGGUGGAUUCUAGAACCUGUCCCUACUUCCAUCAACUCGCUUCUUUGUAUUCUCAAGGAAAUGCUUCAACGGCUUAAUGAUCAUCUUCUCUCAGAAAUGCCUCCUCAUUAGCAUCUCCAUCACUCAUGUAUACUUUUUUUCCUUCAAUCAUUAAUAACUAGGUAUAUUUUUUUUACUUUAACGCCUCCAACAAUAUUCUUGUUCUCUACUGCUUUAUUAAUUAAUUUGCAGUCAUUUUUAAUUGAUUAGCCUCACAGGGCCAGCUCUAUUAUUCUUUCUUUUCUACAAUCGUGUGGUUUUGUAAUAUAGUAUUAUAAUUAGUCUACAUGCAUAUUUUAUUUCAGAAAAUAUAAUUCAAUUAUAUAUUAUAACUACCACAUACACGCGCGCGCAAGUUAUGCUUAUGUCAUGUACUUUUUAGUUGAGAAGUCUUUCUUUGUUUUUCUUUGGGCAAAAUACUUGAGAAGUCGACAAGUAACGAAGUCACAGAAAUGUGGAAAGUUUUAUGGGACGGCUAUGGAAUUAGGCUCAAAGUG